AUGAUCGUUUUUAAUGGGAAUAAGUAUGCGUGUGCAUCGUGUAUCAGGGGGCACCGCUCUUCCACGUGUAGGCAUUCCCACAGGAUGUUGAUUAAAGUGAGAACGAGAGGAAGACCAUCUCCCAUGGCUAUAAGGGAUGCCAUCUUGGUGGACUCAACUUCCCAGAGUACAGAAUAUGAGAACGGGUCGCAAGUUGAAGGUAACUGUUGUAGUGGAAUGAAUCAGCAGCCGAUACUGUUUGUACGGGCCUCUGCUGUUAGAAAGGCAAGAAUGAUAAACGGUAAACUACAUAUACUAAUGGAGGAAGGUUGUACUGCUCAUGAGCCUAAAGACAUCAGCACGUUUACUGAUGACGGUAAUAGGUAUAUAACGGAAAUGGAGUUUCUCAGGAAACAUUCUCCAAGGGCUCCGGCAAUAGGAACAGUCUCCCCCGUAUCUAACAGGUCGUCUUCUUCGAACGAGAAGAAAGAGAGUAGUCUUGUUCAGCAGGAGCCUAUACGAAAUGUAUCAAACUGCUGUAAGAAAAUCAAAGCUGAUAAUUUUGCUUCAAAUGACAAGAUACCGCCUGGUGAUAUUUUUACCCCGUACGGUUCCUUAGAAACUGCAUCUACUUUCCACGAUAUUCUACAAGAAAAUUAUACCACUACUGGUGCGUCACAUGAUAACUCGGAAACACUCACUCCGCGGAGCACAACAACUGUAUCUGCGCCCCACUCAAAUGACCUGGCUUCAAAAGUCGAAGUUCUGACUCAUAAGGGCGUCUUCUUAAGUACACAAUGUUCUUGUGAAGACGAAAGCUGUCCAUGUGUCAACUGCCUCAUCCAUAGAAGCGAAGAGGAACUAAACUCGUAUAUUGAACAGAGCGGUGUUCCUUUGACCAAUAUAGGUGAAGCUCAAAUUACUGAUAAGAUGAUGGAUUAUCUGGAUGAUUGCAAAUGCUCCAACAAGGAGUGCAUAUGUCCUCCGGACAAUUGCACUUGCGAUGGCUGUUUUGCCCACGCUGCAAGUAUUAUUCCGUUUGAAAAAUUCUUCUUUUACGGUAUUUUAAAUACAAGGUUAACAAGAAAAACUCAAAUAAAAUUCAAAGGAAAAUUGGUACCGUCAAAAUUCUGGUGGGAUUUCCUAAAACUGCAAGUCCCUUUAAUGACAGAUGCUCAAUUGGAAUUACUCGAUAUUCACGCGUGGUUUCAAAAACUCGUCUCCAAUUACGCACCUCAUCUAAGCGAUGCCAACAAUUCAUGA